CAACCCUGUUCAGCCCUAUAAUUCACUAUGGAUCUUGUUCAAACUGUACGCAAAGAAGGCAGCCGUGGUGGCCGCGGUGAUUUCAAAUGGGAGGAUGUCAAGAACGAUGCGCAACGUGAAAACUAUCUUGGUCACUCGGUCAUGGCGCCUGUUGGGCGUUGGCAACAAGGCCGCGACCUUGGUUGGUAUGCGAAAGGCGACGCUGAAUCCAAAGAGGCCGAAGCAUCGCGUAUCAAGGAAGAGAAGCGGAAACUGAAGGAGGCAGAGGAAGACGCGAUGCUUGCUGCCAUGGGCCUCCCAGUGCCAGUGCGAAACAACGCAAACCUGACGCCGUUAGGUGAAAAGGCUCACGAGGCUGAUGUUAAGGAUAAAAUAGAGGAGAAGGCCCAGGAGGGCGAGGAUGAGGACCGAGCGAAGAGGAGGGAGAAGAAGGAGCGUUCCAGGAGGCACAGGGACGACGACGGAGAGCGGAGGAGACGUCAUCGGACACGAAGCCGUUCACGAGACCGAGAGCGACGCCACAGACACCGAGACCGUUCACGCUCGCGCGAGCGCGACAGGCGUAGAGAUGAUGACCGAGAUGACCGACGUAGGCAUCGAUCAAGGAGCCGUGAGCAUAAGCGACGAGAAGACCGUCCAGAACGUAGGCGCGAACGCGAUACAGAUGGCAAACGAUCAAGAUCGCGCUCGAGGGAUCGCAAACGUCACAGAGAGACUCGAAGCAAGUCUCCAUACGAUAGAAAUGAGAGGCGGCGUGGUUGAAAUAUCUAUCUCACGUGGGCAAACUUAACCACGGAAUUAUUUGCCAACUGCUUAUUUUCGUAGAUAACAUUAUUUCCGAGAUUGCAACUUUUUAGCAAUGUCAGACU